AUGCUCGUCGAACUAGGCUACAAGGAGAUCGAGGUCUCGUUUCCCUCCGCAUCACAGACCGACUACGAUUUCACGAGAAGCCUGGUCGACACCCCGGGCGUCGUUCCGGACGACGUAUACUUGCAAGUUUUGUCCCCUUGCCGCGAAGACUUCAUACGACGGACAGUGGAAUCUCUGAGAGGAGCGAAAAAGGCAAUCCUACAUCUAUACCUCGCGACAAGUGAAUGCUUCCGCAGGAUUGUUUUUGGCAUGACCGAGGAAGAGACUCUGGCUUUGGCCGUCAAGUGCACCAAAUUCGCCCGGUCAAUUACGAAAGACGACCCAAGUCAUGCAGGGACGGAAUGGCUUUACGAGUUCAGCCCAGAGACCUUCUCCGAUACCUCGCCCGAAUUUGCCGUGCGGGUAUGCGAAGCUGUCAAGGAAGCCUGGGGUCCGACCGAAGACUCGAUGAUUAUCUUUAACCUGCCCGCGACGGUCGAAAUGGCCACGCCCAACAUCUUCGCCGACCAGGUGGAGUACUUCUGUACGCAUAUGACCGAGCGCGAAAAGUUUUGCGUCUCUGUUCACCCUCACAAUGAUCGAGGAUGCGCUGUCGCUGCUGCGGAAUUGGCGCAGAUGGCGGGCGCAGAUCGGGUUGAGGGCACCUUGUUCGGCAACGGCGAGCGGACGGGAAAUGUUGAUUUAGUCACUUUGGCAUUGAACCUGUACACGCAAGGGAUCUGGCCGAAUAUCGACUUCAGCGACAUCAACAAAGUGAUCCGCGUUUGUGAGGAGUCGACUAAAAUUCCCGUCAAUGAGCGCUGGCCCUAUGGCGGGCAGUUGGUCGUUUGCGCGUUCAGUGGCUCGCAUCAAGACGCCAUCAAAAAAGGGUUUCAACUCCGCAAGAAGGAAGGGAGAGGGCCCGAAGAUCCCUGGGAAUUGCCCUACCUACCUCUCGACCCGCAAGACAUCGGCCGCACGUACGAGGCAGUCAUCCGUGUUAACUCCCAAUCUGGCAAAGGCGGCGUGGCCUGGAUCAUCCAACGAAGUCUCGAACUCGACCUGCCCCGUGGCCUCCAAGUGGCAUUCAGUAAAAUUGUACAGAAGGAAGCCGAUGCCAAAGGACGAGAACUCCUGCCCCGCGAGAUCCAAGCCUUGUUCGAGCAAUCCUACCAUCUUAAAGAGAACCCGCGCUUCACUCUCAUCGAUUAUAACAUCACAGCCGUGCGGUCACCGUCCCCUGCUCCGCCAAAAUCCUCUCGUGGCCAACCCCCUCAGACCCAAGCGCCCGCACAGAACACCUCGGCCGCGAAGCGUCAAUUUGCCGGUAUAAUCGCCAUCGACGGUGCUCAACAUCCCAUCGUCGGUGUUGGGAACGGCGCCAUCUCCUCACUUGCAAACGCAUUGCAUUCGCUUGGAAUCGACCUCGACGUCGCAGAUUACAAGGAACAUGCGAUCGGAGAGGGUAGGGAAGUGAAAGCUGCGACCUACAUAGAGUGCACGGCCAGCGGUUCGAAUGAGAAAGUCUGGGGGGUCGGCAUCCACGAGGAUGUGGUCCAGGCCAGUUUAAUUGCGUUGUUAAGCGCGGCCAGCUCGUUCCUCUCCUCGCGCGUCUCAACUCCCGUCCCUUUCCGACCCAAGCAUUUACGCCAAUUCUCCGAAGCCGAACUUGAAGCACUGGAACGAUUAAACCUUAAUGGACCAGACAGUCCGGGCAGUCCCCUGCGGACGUCGACGACGGCGGGAGAAGCUGGCGAGGUAACCACAACCCCAUCCAAAUUGAACAUGGAAACACACGCCGACAGCGUCCCGGCUAGGAAGAUAGAUUUUGAUCUGUUGGAGAAAAAGGCUGAGCAGGCGGUCAAUGGGCACACGGAAAAGCCUUGA